AUUUGGAAGCAAUAUCAUUCUCAAUCUUCUAAAUAAUUCAUAAAUGCCACAUCAUUGAUACUCUCCACAGAAUGAAAUUUCCUAUAUAGUCACAUGAUAAUAGAAAUCAAGAGCAAAAAAACCAUUUCUUUGUUUACAUGCAAAAAAAAAAUCAAUGGAGCCUAACAAUGUGUUUUCACUUCUUCUCAUAAUUUCUCUUUGGUUUCUAUUAACCUUUCAUAGCAAUGCUGAGACUUCCACAUAUAUAAUCCAUAUGAACAAAUCAUUCUUUCCUCAAGUCUUCACAACUCAUCAUGAUUGGUUCAAAUCCACCAUUCAUUCCUUAAAAUCAAAAACAUUAGUACCUGAUGAUUAUGACCAAGCAUCAAAGCAAUCACAGAAGAAACUGGUGUACACCUAUGAUCAUGCCAUGUAUGGCUUUAGUGCAGUGUUAUCUUCAAAUGAGUUAGAGAUUCUUAAGAACAUUGAUGGCUUUGUUUCAGCAUAUCAAGAUAGAACUGCUACCAUUGACACAACUCAUACCUUUGAAUUUCUUUCACUAGAUUCUCCAAGUGGACUAUGGCAUACUUCAGAUUUUGGAGACGAUGUCGUUGUUGGUGUUAUUGAUACUGGUUUGUGGCCUGAGAGUCAAAGCUUUAAAGAUGAUGGCAUGACAAAGAAAAUUCCAAACAAAUGGAAAGGAACAUGUGAAACUGGCCAAGAAUUCAAUACCUCAAUGUGUAACUUCAAAUUGAUUGGAGCUAGAUAUUUCAACAAAGGUGUGAUUGCUUCAAAUCCAAAUGUUACAAUCAGCAUGAACUCAGCUAGAGACACUAUAGGGCAUGGAACUCACACAUCAUCAACUGUUGCAGGUAACUAUGUUAAUGGAGCUUCUUAUUUUGGUUAUGCCAAAGGAAUAGCAAGAGGCAUUGCACCAAAAGCUAGGAUUGCUAUGUACAAAGUCAUUUGGGAAGAGGGUCGUUUCGCCUCUGAUGUUUUAGCUGGCAUGGACCAAGCUAUUAACGACGGUGUUGAUGUGAUUUCAAUUUCAAUGGGAUUUGAUGAUGUUCCACUUUAUGAAGAUCCUAUAGCAAUAGCUUCAUUUGCAGCUAUGGAAAAAGGGAUUGUUGUUUCAUCUUCUGCAGGUAACGCAGGACCUGAAUUCGGAACCUUGCACAAUGGUAUCCCAUGGCUCCUUACUGCAGCUGCAGGAACAAUAGAUAGAACUUUUGGCACUCUUGUUUUGGGAAAUGGUCAAAGCAUUAUUGGUUGGACUUUGUUUCCAGCAAAUGCUAUAGUUGAAAAUGUUCUACUUGUUUACAAUAACACUUUAUCUUCAUGCAACUCAUUGAACUUGUUAUCUCAACUUAACAAAAAAGUGAUUAUUCUCUGUGAUGACUCAUUGUCAAACAGAAACAAAACCUCAGUGUUUAACCAAAUCAAUGUUGUUACAGAAGCCAAUCUGUUAGGGGCAGUGUUUGUCUCUGAUAGUCCUCAGUUAAUCGAUUUAGGACGUAUCUACACUCCAAGUAUUGUAAUCAAGCCAAAAGAUGCACAAUCUGUGAUCAAUUAUGCAAAGAGCAAUAACAAUCCUACAUCAAGCAUCAAAUUUCAACAAACAUUUGUAGGAACAAAGCCGGCACCAGCUGCAGCAUAUUACUCAUCAAGAGGUCCUUCACAUAGCUAUCCAUGGAUUUUGAAACCUGAUAUAAUGGCACCUGGAUCAAGAGUUCUUGCAGCUUAUAUUCCUAACAAACCAACAGCUAGAAUUGGCACAAAUGUGUUCUUAUCAAGUGACUACAAUUUCAUGUCAGGAACAUCCAUGUCUUGUCCUCAUGUUUCUGGUGUUGCUGCUCUUCUCAAAGCUGCACAUCCACAAUGGAGUGCUGCUGCUAUAAGGUCUGCAUUGAUAACCACAGCUAAUCCUUUAGACAAUACACAAAACCCUAUAAGGGAUAAUGGUUACCCUUCUCAACAUGCUUCGCCUCUUGCUAUCGGUGCCGGUGAGAUUGAUCCUAAUAGAGCAAUGAAUCCAGGUUUGAUUUAUGAUGCUACACCACAAGACUAUGUUAAUCUUCUCUGUGGUUUGAAAUUCACAAAGAACCAAAUUUUAACAAUUACAAGAUCAAAUUCUUAUGAUUGUGAAAACCCUUCUUUGGAUCUUAAUUACCCUUCAUUUAUAGCUUUUUACAGCAACAAAACAAGAUCAAUGGUUCACAAAUUUAAGAGGAUUGUUACAAAUGUUGGUGAUGGUGCUGCUACAUAUAGAGCUAAAGUGACAUAUCCAAAAGGUAGUGUUGUGACAGUGUCACCUGAUAUAUUAACUUUCAAAUAUAAAAAUGAGAAACAAAGUUACAACAUUAUCAUAAAGUAUGUUAUGUACAAGAAGGAAAAUGUUUCAUUUGGGGAUCUUGUUUGGAUUGAAGAUGGUGGAGCACACAUUGUUAGAAGUCCUAUUGUAGUGGCACCAACUGGAAUCGUAUGAGUUAUUCUAAAUUUUUCUGGCCAUAAAAAAUCUGCAAACUUUGUGGGACCAUAUUCCUUGAAAUAAUUGCAUGUAGUUUGGCAUGAACUUCCAUUUUGAGUGUCCUAGCUAGUUAUGUCAUAUAUAUAGGAUUGAACAUGUAUGUGAAAGUGUACUAGUCAGUAGUAUUCACAGGGAUUUGGACUGUUUUUCAAUUAUGUGAAUGAUUUCUAAAUAGGGGUAUCAAUUAAUAAAUUGCACACACUAAAAAACAA